GUCCGGAAAAUUCUGACAUUAUCGCGAUAGACCGACUGCUAUGCAGUUCAGUAGCAGGGGCCUGACGUUGGAAUGUGAAACUACACGUUAUUUAGCCGAAACCAACUAAUUGGAAAUCGUCGGCUCAUUUUUUCAGAAAUAUCACAGCUCUCUUCGGGAUUCAGACAUGGUCCGAAGUGUAAGGGAGACUCUAAACAUGUAGGGAUGAGACAAGAUUGGAUACUAAGGCAUUUGCAGCUUUGGGCGCGUUGACUCUAUGUUGGCUCAGGAUGGCGCAGGGAGGCUCUCAGCUCGACUACCACAUCCUGCAGGACCUCAAGCAGCGUUUCCCAGAGAUCCCAGAAGGAGUAGUGUCACAGUGCCUUCUGCAGAAUAACAAUAACCUGGAUCUCUGCUGCCAUCUCCUGGCUCAAGAGAGUAACAGAUACCUGUAUGGAGACUUCCAUCACAGUCCUGAGGAAGUCCGACUGAGCCGAAACCACAUGCUACCCAUUAGUUUGGGCUACCCAGGUUUAGAUGCAAGCAAAUCAAAUGGAGGAGGAGCAGGAGUGGGGCGCUCCCUAGUGCACAGCACCAGUGACAGUCACAUUGAACCCCAGCGUCCAAGCUACCCUGAACCAUUGUCAGCUCCCGCUACCAUGGCCCCCUCCCCUGGAUACAAUCCUUUUUUUAUGAACGAUCAAAACCGCUCGGCCAGUACGCCCACCCCUCCACCCACAAUGCAAGGCAUGUCUCCCACAUAUUCUCCUGUUCCACGUUAUACUAUGAACCCAAUAACAGUUGAUCUUUCACAAAGUAUACCCAAUGUCCCGCAGGCUCUGCAGAUCCCUCCUGGGCACUACGCUAACAACACCACCACCACACUGUACAUUCGACCCUCCCCCUCCCAGAGCCCGCAGCCUGCACCCUGGUCCUCCUCAGGGCCAACUCUCUAUCAACAUCAGCAGUCCCCCUACAGUACUCCAACAUAUGGCUCGCCUUACAGCUCCCCACAGCACCAGGUCCAGCCACAGCCCAAACAACAACCCCAGCCACAGCCCACGCACCAGCAAUACGUCUUCCUCCCUAUUAGCUCUCCACCCCUUUCCAACAUUCCCUAUCAUCACCAGCAGCAACCCCAGCAGCAACCCCAGCAACAGCCAGCUGUUUACAGGCCCUAUCACACAAAAAACCCCCUUACAAAACAAAUAGAGAUUACCUUUGAGGGUCCACGACCUCGCAGCAACUCACCUGUGCACAGCUCACAUCCCCAGGGAGUGCUUUACAUGGCCACCAGCCCUUCACCCAGUUCCCCUUCGAGGGGCAUCACAAUGAGUGGACCAGGCCCAGCAGCAUUUCACGCUGGACUUUACUUUCAGCAUCAGGGCUCUGCAAGGCCUCGACCUGCCUCUUCCCCUCAACCAGGCCAGUCAGCUUAUACCCUUAAAAUGAAAAUGUCCCCUGGAGGUCAGGCACAGAGGCCACCAAGCUCACCUCCUGUUGCUGAAGCCGAGUCUCUUCUGAACAUGGUGGACCAAGGUGAGCACAACACUGCCCCUGCACCCAUCCUACCCAUUUCCGCUCUGCCAGGAAGCAACGCCAGUCAGUUUCAGCAAAUGCCCCGACGUUCAAGCUCAGGCUCUGAUGACUACGCCUACACACAAGCUCUUCUCCUCCAUCAGCGAGCAAGAAUGGAGCGCUUAAUGAAAGAACUGCUGCUGGAGAAGCAGAAACUAGAGCAGCUGAAGGCCGAUGUCAAUAACAUGGAAUAUGAUGCCCUUCAAAGACGCUUUCGACGAGUAAACUCCACAAAUCUAAUACCUAGGCCUGAAGAGAUGACCCGACUACGAAGUCUCAACAGACAGCUGCAAAUUGAUAUUGACUGUACGUUGAAGGAGACAGAUCUACUUCAGUCAAGAGGAAAGUUUGACCCCAAAGCAAUCAACAACUUCUAUGAUAACAUUCAGCCGGGUCCAGUAGUGCCACCCAAAACUGGGAAGAAAGAAGGGGAGCAGGCCUCCAAGCCGGCACUGGUGCCCCAGAGAGAUGAAGACUUUGAAGGCGCUCAGUGGAACUGUGAAAGCUGCACCUUCCUCAACCACCCUGCACUCAACCGCUGUGAACAGUGUGAAAUGCCACGCUACACCUGAAUGUAGCACUGCGCUGUAUUGCCCACUCCUGCCCCAUCCUUUGCAAAUCUUUAGACACUAUGAGUUCCAGCCCUCCAGAGUUUGUCUUAAGGUCUUCCCUUGUCAAUCAGUAUACAGUAUAAGCCCCUCCCACCUGCUGAGGAAAAGCCACUAUCUCUCCCUCUGCUCCGUUAAUCAUCCUCUACUCCUGUGCACUAGGAUCUGUUCUCUUCGGUGGAUGAUGAAUCUGUUUAAAGUCUAUUGGAGAUUCCUUUUAAAAGGGGGUAUGACACACUGCAACUCUGGCAUUGAGUGGGACAGAGUUAGGGAAAGGUCAAAGCAGUUUAAGGAUUCGGGAGAAGGAGCUAAGUUUUAGCUCCACGCAGAACUGAGUGACUGCCCUGUUUACACUGUGCUCAUUCCUGAACUCAAAACAGAGGAACUUCCACGUUAAAACCGAACACAUGGCUCUUUCUGACAGAACAAUGAAGCAGUGGUAUGUAAGUGGUGACUAAUGCGAAAUGUAGACUGUACACUGUAUCUGGCUCUGUAUUAGAGCUCAUUUCACUGAAAGAACACUAAAGACUCUUGCAUAUGAGUAUAUUCCUGGUACUUUUAUGCAUAUUAUGCCACCAUGUAUUACAUGUAAGAUGUUAAUUUACUGUGCAAAUGCCUCAAAUUGCUGUACUUAAUAAAGGAGCUGAUUAUAUGUGA